CUGUGAUACUUGUUCUCUAAUUGGUCAAUCAUAUACUAGUACAGUACCAUGUGACAAAAAAGAAAUGGUGGUAUUCCAUCCAUAGCACUCGAUACAUUGGUUCACAUUUGCUUUUUGUGUAUAGAAUAUCUUCCUAUCAAAAAUAUUUCAAAAUGGCCUCUUUUAAUUACGUUGAUGGGUUUGACCUUGACAGGUAUACUGCUUGACAAAAGUCCUUCGGUUCAAAUUUGAAAUGUCUGUAUGCUUAAUAGGAUGUUUACCUUCACAGUCAACAUCUGUUUCAUACACAUAUUUUGUGCAAAUAUACUACUAAGUCAUAUUCUACAAUUGAAAUCUAAUAAAGAAUAAAUUGAGAUAUGUGUAGCUUGACUAAUUAUACAAUCAUGAACUUUCUCAGUUUAUUGGAUGAACUUGGCAUUCUCAAUUUUGAAUUCAUAAUAACAAUUUUGUUUUUAUUGGUUUUUAUGAGGUUCUGUACUUGGAGGCUAUAUUUAUUUGAAAAUGGAAAAGAUAACCAAGUGCAAAAUGAAAUAUGAAUUAAUAUUAUUUUUACAUGUUUUUUAUGAUCCAAUCUCCCUUCACUUCCAUAGGCUUCAUUUAUUUAUUAUGUGUUGAUGCACUUUGUAGAUGCACUUUGUUGAUUGAAGAUGUUUAGAGGAUUCAGGAAAGCAAACAUGAUUUUUUCUCCAAAGUAUUUACUUAUUUUAACAGUUUUGCAAAUUUUGAAAUUACAAAAUGGACUUUACCGAGUGGGAAAGUCACCAGCGGAAUAUUAUAAUCAAUCUAAGAGAAGAGUUAAGUAUGUGAACAGAAGAGAAGUGCCACACACCAGUCAUCCUUAUACCAUAACUGAUAAAAGCCAAGUGAAAGGUCAUACGAAACCUUCUGGGGUGAUUGUAAGUAGUCAAAACAUUUCGACUGUUGCACCAGAGAUUGGACUAACAACCCCACAUUCUGAUUUUGAAACUAGUCUAACACCUUCACAUAAGAGUGGAUAUAUGAAGGGAUUAGAAAACACUACUCAUCUACAACUGAAUAAUGGGGACCAAGCAAAUACCACAAGUCAAGAACUUGAACAUCAUAGAAAUAAUAGAACAGCUGUGAAGCCUCCUAUACUAAUAGUAAAUGGUGAAGAUAUAACAACAACAAUAGAUCAACAGCCUGGACAAACUCAGCCACCUAUCAACUCAGAACAUAUUAUUGAUGCUGCAAACGACAAUAGAUCCCCUAGAAUUUCUUAUAGCUGUAAAAAUCCAGAUAGCCUGAAGAGGAAUGUUAUAAAUGACAAUAUUGCUAACUGUGCAAAUGAACGCCCGUUCCUUUAUAGUUGUAUUGAUAAAUGUGGGCAGUCGCAAAUUACAUGUGGAUGUGAUAUAUAUUGUAAAUUCUAUGAUGACUGCUGUAUAGAUUUCGCCUCAUACUGCCCAUCUGAGGAACGCAACUCAAAAUAUAUUCCCUUAUAUGGCAAACCUGAUUGCUGGCCUGUUAAUAAUACAUUUAGUGCAAGAAUGGUAACAACAUGUAAUGAUAACAACAACACAGUAUGCCCUACAACAAAUGUCUUAUUAGACAAUGUGCCUG